AUGAUCCAGGAAAUUAUUGAUCUCAAAACCAGAUAUGUCAUUUUAGAAGUGCGUUGACCUGAUAUUUUGCAUAUAAUGGAAGCAUUUUAUGAUUUAGGAAUGCGAGAAGGCGAUAUUUAUUUAGUUGUAGGCGAUAGGAUGAUAAGUGUUUCUGAUUUAGAUGAAAACAUAAUUGGUAGCAAAUCUUAUAAAAAAAGAAAAGAAAUUAUGAGCGGGCUUAUUUAUAUUAGCUUCUUAUCCUUUCAAAACCAAAUUGGGUUUGAUCUAAAAAGCGAGAUUUUAUCUAAAUAUGAUUAUAUAAAUGAUUAUAUGUGCUUAUUUUAUGACGCAGCCUAUCUCGGUUUAUAUAAGAUAGAUGCAUUAAUAAAUUGAGGCGUUAACGUGAAUAGUUCUACUAUUCAAGAAUCUAUGAGACAAGUAGCUUUUACAGGCUGUUCUGGAGUUGCAAGAGUUAGUCAAGAAAGCAAUGAUAGACUUACGAUCGUUUUAGGGAUUUAUAACUUAAUAGAAGUUAAUUCAACCUGGACAAUGAAUCUUUGCGGACUUUAUGAUCCAAGUCAGCUUAUCGUGCUUCAAAUUAAGCAAUCCAUAUCUUGAAAAACAGAUGGUGGGGUUCCAAGUGACAUAAUAGGAGAUGAUCAAGAAUGUCCAUUCAGAGAUAUUCUUGUGCAGUCAUUUCUCUAUGGAUAUUUCAUAUUGAUUAUCGUUGAAAUAAUUCCAAUGAUUAUUGUAAUUGUUUUCGCAGUAAAAUAUUAUGGAUUUAUUUUAAAAAUAAAAUACCUAAAAUUUGCUACAAUGCAAAAAGAAAAUUUACUUGACACUAUUUCUUAUUUAAUUUUCUUAAUAGAAAGUUUGCAAUACAUGCAAGUAGGGCCAAGUUUUGAAAAAUUGCUUCCGAAGUUAUCAAAAGCUAUUAAAUUAACAAUGCUUGAUAUAAGAGGGAUUUUUAAACCAGGCUUAUUCACAUUUUGGAACCAAAUUCAGCUCUAUAUAGCCUUAGCCUUUGCAUGAUGCAUUUUAUUAUUAUGAAAAAAAUCCAAUAUAGGCAAUAGAUCUCAAAACUUAAUAUUAGAAACCAUUAAUGCCUUCAAUCGAUAUAUUUUGCCUCCACUUGGGGAUUUAUUAUUUUUGCCUGUUCUAAUAUAUUUAUUUGAAACUUUUCAAUGCACAAGUAGCAUUGGCAAUGAUUUUACGGAUAGUUUCCAUAAUCAAUACUGCUCCACAUUUUGCUGGCAAGGCGAUCAUAUAUAUUAUGUCAUUUUUUCUGCAAUAGGCAUUUUCUUAUUUACUCCAGCAAGUUUAUAUCUUAGAUUUACAUGAAAAGAUGAUCUACCAUUUCAUAUUAAAGAUCAGCCUUUUCAUUGUGCAGUAAGAACGCUUACAGAAAUGAUUUUAGUUGGGCUUUCCACUAUAGUUCAGCCUGCAUCAGAAGAUAUUUUCCUUGGGCUGGGUAUUGGAGUAUUAUCGGCUUAUAUAAUAGUUUCUAUUUUGAGACGGCCUUUAAACUAUGAUAGAGCUUCGAUGUGAUAUAUAAUAUUUUUGUUUUGCAGUCUAAUGCUUUGAAUUUGUUACGCAUUAGCGAGACUCGAUGAGAACUCUGCGUUAAUUGUUCUUGUUCUAGGAUGGACUUUAUUAGUCGCGCUUGGUGCUAUUUAUCAAAAAUUAUAUUUGCCUUCACUAUUGGAAACUGAAAAAGGUAAUAGUAUUUAUCAAUUAUUUAGAUUUCAGCUGUUUUCAAUUAAACCUGAAGAUGCAGGAAUUGCAAAAUCAGUAAAAUAUAUUUUUUCUGCAAAUUUAUCACAAAGUAAUUCCAAUCAUGCAGGUUUGAAUAUCCCAGAUGAGAAUAUUUUCAAAUCAAAUAUUCAGCUUGAGGAGCAAUGUAACAGCAAUGCGGAGUUAUACAGUGAAAAUAAUUCAAGCUCUUUCAAUUAUGGCACCACUCAAAAGUAA